GAGAGAGGAGGGGAAAAAAAUACAUGAAUGGAGCAGCGCGGUGGCUCCUUGUUGUGCUGUAGCCUAUGGAAGGCGACGCUCAUUUGUAUAAGAUUUGUAUUCUGCUGGGACUCCUCCGUCUGUUGGACACACUAAUGCGCAGUCCGAGAGCGCGUCACGGGACCGUGGAUGAAGGUUUAUAUUUAGGCUCCGGGGGGGAAAUAGCGGUGCCGGGUGAUUCCUCUGAAUGGUGGCUUGGUUUUUGUCAAGGACCUGCUGUUGGGAGCGUGUAGUGCAGGAGAGGAGCAAGAGGAGGGGGAGGAUGGACGGAGCACACAAAUACCAAAAUAGGAUCGAGCCGCCUCUGUGACUGUCCGUCCUGCGAGAGCUAAAUUGAGGUUGGUGUGUUUUGGAGAGGAGCGCUCGAGUAGAGGACACUGCGGAGCGUCAAUGGCGACAAUCUCAGGUCAUCUAUGGAAAUAGGAUGAGAGAAAUCAUGACACAUAAACAAGCAGAGAUCUACACAUACGACUUCUGUGAUGGUGACCAUCCGGCAGAGCUCCUGGAUGCUCUCAGGCAUUUCUACCUGAGCGGCCUGUUCACCGACGUUACGCUGCAAUGUGGCGAGUCCGGACAGGUGUUCCACUGUCACAGGGCGCUGCUGUCAGCCCGCAGCUCUUAUUUCAAAGUCAUGUUCACAGCUGACAUGAGGGAGAGGUCCAACAGCGUGGUCAAACUGACCGGAGUGGACUCCUCUGUCCUGGGCGCUCUGGUGAAUUACGUGUACACAGCUCAGGUGAGCAUCACUGAGAGCAACGUGCAGAGCUUGCUGGAGGCUGCGGACCUCCUGCAGUUUGUCUCCGUCAAGCAAGCCUGCGAGGAGUUCCUCAUUCGCCUGCUGGACGUGGACAACUGCCUGGGGAUGCACGCUUUCGCCGAGCUGCACCUCUGCCCUGGGCUGGAAAGGGAGGCCCGCAGAGUGAUGCUGUGCAGGUUCUCCGAGCUCAUCCAGCAGGAGGAGUUCGCAGAGUUGGACCAUGAGAAGAUGAGGUCUGUUUUGGCUGCUCUCGUCCUCACUGUUCAGAGAGAAGAAGUGCUGAUGGACGCUGUGGUCAGGUGGGUGACCCAUGACUUGGACAGACGCAUUCAGUACGUUUCGGGCUUGCUGCACUCCAUCCACCUGGACCUGGAUGAGGUUUACUUCAAGGCGACGUUUGAGGUGCACAGACAAUACUUGAUGGACAAAGGUGGCGGGAAGUUGAAAGCUAUGAUCAUUCAGGCCUUAAGAUCCAAUGGCAAAGAGGUGUCUGCAGGUAGAAAAAUAUCUUCCAACUUGUAUGUCAUUGGGGGGUACUACUGGCACCCUCUUUGUGAGGUUCACAUCUGGGAUCCUAUCAGUGACACGUGGGUGCAAGGAAAAGACAUGCCUGAACACGGAAGAGAGAGCUACAGCGUCAGUUUACUUGGAGCAAAUAUAUAUGUGACUGGAGGUUACAGGACAAACACGGUUGAGGCCAUGGACGCUGUUUCGAUUUAUAACUGUGACUACGAUGAGUGGACGGAGGGCUGUCCCAUGAUCACAGCCAGGUACUACCAUUGCUCCGUGGCCUUGCAUGGCUGUGUUUAUGCCAUCGGCGGCUACAGGGGAGGAGCUCCAGAGCGAGAGACUGAAUUUUAUGAUCCUUUAAAAAAGAAAUGGUUUCCUGUGGCCAAGAUGAUCCAAGGUAUAGGAAAUGCCACUGCAUGUGUAAUGGGAGAUAAGAUCUAUGUGACCGGAGGCCACUACGGAUACAGAGGGAGCUGCACUUACGAAAAGAUCCAGGUGUACAGACAAGACAUCAACGAGUGGAGUAUCAUCGCUAUAAGCCCUCAUCCAGAGUACGGGUUGUGCUCUGUGUCUCUCAACAACAAGCUGUAUUUGGUGGGUGGACAGACGACCAUCGCGGACUGCUACGACCCCGAGGGAGACGAGUGGAUACCGAUAUCGGUGAUGAAGGAGAGGAGGAUGGAGUGUGGGGCCGUGGUGAUAAACGGCUGUAUCUAUGUGACGGGGGGAUACUCCUACUCGAAAGGGACUUAUCUGCAAAGCAUUGAGAAAUAUGACCCUGAGCUGGACUCGUGGGAGAUAGUGGGGACGCUUCCCAGCCCGACCAGAUCACAUGGUUGUGUUUGUGUUCACGGUGUUUGAUGACAAACAAUUAUUGUCACUUGUGCCAAAUAGUCUCGGCAGUAUUUAUUGAAGCAUGGGAAUGUUUAGCUCUUCGCCAGAUUGUGGAUAUACUCACAAAGCAUUUCACUUGAAACUCAGGGGCAUCUCAUGAGUAUUUCAGUAGAUUUUUAAAAUUAAGAGCGAAGAUGAAUGUAUCUGAGCAUUAUUUAAAUUCACAUCAUAAUUACACUUUUAUUGCUAGAGUUUUACCACGAGGCUGUGACCCAAAUAAAUUACUACACUUGA